AUGGAUUCUCUCAGCGACACCAUAUGGGACGUUGUCAUCUGCGGCACCGGUCUGCAGCAGUCGCUUCUUGCUUUAGCCCUCUCGCGAUCGGGCAAGAACAUCUUGCACAUAGACCCCAACGAAUACUAUGGCGGCCCCGAGGCGGCGUUUAGCCUGCAGGAGGCGGAGUCCUGGGUGGCCACUCUCUCAGACCCCACUAACCAGAAUAAUGCUGGCAACGGCGGCGUGUUCCGGGCGGCUUCGAUCACGAAGCCCGAGGCAACCUCGCCAGCCCUGAAGUUCUCGCGCUCAUACUCGCUGGCGCUCUCGCCGCAGCUGAUCCACUCGCGCUCGGAGCUGCUCGCGCAGCUGGUCUCGUCCCGAGCACACCGGCAAAUUGACUUCCUGGCCGUCGGCGCGUUCUUCAUCUUCAAGGCUCCAGAGGACCUGGACCACAAGGCCGUGCUGACGCGGAUCCCGUCGACGCGCGAGGAUGUCUUUCUCUCAAAAGCUAUUCCUGUGAAGGCGAAGCGGGGGCUGAUGAAGUUCCUAAAGUUCGUGGUCGACUACGACAGCGAGCCCCAGACGGAAGCCUGGCAGCCGCACGCGGAUGCUCCCCUGACCGAGUUUCUCCGGAAGGAGUUUACGAUGGAGGCGGAGUUGCAGACCUAUAUUGUGACCCUGACGCUGUCGCUCGACGGGAGGAUAAGCACCAGAGACGGGUUGGCCAUCAUCCACCGCCAUCUCUCGUCGAUGGGCGUUUUCGGCCCGGGAUUUACCGCCAUCUACCCAAAAUGGGGCGGCAUCUCGGAGAUCGCCCAGGUUGCCUGUCGAGCAUGUGCCGUGGGCGGUGCUGUCUACAUGCUCGGGACCGGCAUCAAGUCGAUGCAGACGGGCUACAGCGCCGAGAUGGAGUUGGAGCUGGAGCUGACGAACGGCGUGACGGUCAAGACCCGGAGACUGGUGCAAACUGACGAACCUGCCAGUGAGAAGGUGGUUGUGAGCAGGCUGGUGUCCAUCAUCGAUUCACCGUUAAACUCUUUGUUUGCGGCUGUCGUCGAAGGGGCACAAAAACCGGCCGUUGCAGUCAUUGCCUUUCCCUCAGGCUCGCUCAAGACUUCGGCCGGGAAGACGUGGGAAUUCCCUGUCUACGUGUUUGCUCACUCGAGUGAUACUGGGGAGUGCCCUGUUGGUCAAAGCAUAUUAUAUCUCACCACGCCAUCGAUCACUGGCUCCAAGGAAGUCCUGGAGCAAGCCGUGCAGUCCUUCUUGGAUGCAGUCAGCGGAGAGCAAGUGCCUCACGGCGUGUACCAAUUGUACUACGAACAUUUGGGCGGUCCCGCCGGCAGCCGCACGGAAGGCCAGGUGUUCAAAUUCCCCGCCGCUUCUCCCUCCCUCUCAUUCAACGACUCAACGCUAAAGGUUGUACGUGAGGCUUGGAAGGAGGUUCUGAACGAAGCGGCGACGGGUGCGGAUUAUAUGGCCUUCCCGGACCGGGAAGGCGCUGUAUAUGAUGAAGAGAUGUACGAUUGA